UCUGGUUGUAUUGAACCAUUAAACGGGCGUUGUUACGGCGUCUGCCAUUUUGAUUAGAAGUACUUUGCGCGCGAUAGAUGGUGUGAAGUGGCUCCUCAGGAGAUAUCGUAGUACUUUAAACCAAGGCUACAUUCGUUUAGGCCAAAAUGCUUUCGGCAGCCCAGUUACUCGAUGAGUUAAUGGGCCGAGAUAGAAACUUGGCCCCCGACGAGAAACGAUCCAACGUGCGAUGGGACGACGAGAGCGUCUGUCGGUAUUAUUUGUGUGGCUUCUGCCCAGCUGAGCUAUUUACAAACACUCGCUCUGACUUGGGCCCUUGUGAGAAAAUCCAUGACGAAAAUCUUAGGAUAACGUAUGAGAAAAGCUCUCGGUUCAUGAAGGAGGGUUAUGAGCGAGACUUCCUGCGCUAUCUGCAGUCUCUCCUGGCUGAGGUGGAACGGCGGAUUCGUAGAGGACAUGCCCGACUCGCACUUUCCCAGGCUCAGCAGAAUGCAGGGGGUCCUGGCCCAUCAGGAAAGAAUGAAGAGAAAGUUCAGGUUCUAACGGAGAAGAUUGAAGAUCUAGUUGUACAGAUUGAAGAGCUGGGGUCAGAGGGCCGUGUGGAGGAGGCCCAGGGAAUGAUGAAGCUGGUGGAGCAGCUGAAGGAGGAGAGGGAGCUGCUCAGCUCCACCCCCUCGACCAUCGAGAGCUUUGCAGCCCAGGAGAAACAGAUGGAAGUGUGUGAGGUGUGUGGGGCCUUCCUCAUUGUGGGUGACGCACAGUCUCGAGUGGACGACCACUUGAUGGGCAAGCAACACAUGGGCUAUGCUAAGAUCAAAUCCACUGUGGAGGAGCUCAAGGAGAAACUACGUCGCCGCUCAGAAGACCCCCAACCUGAAAGCCCAGCGCUCAAGAGGGACAGAGAAGACCGUGAGCGUGAGAGAGAGGAAAGAGAGAAAAAGCGCAAAGAGGAGGAAGAGAAGGAGAAGGAGCGGGAGAAGGAACGCGAGAAGGAGAAGGAACGAGAGCGCGAGAGAGAGCGGGAGCGCGAGAGGGAGAGAGACAGAGAGCGGGACAGAGACCGAGACCGGGAAAGGGACAGGAGGGCACGCCGAAGCCACUCUAACAGCCGCCACUCCAGUCGAGCAUCAGACAGGAAACGGAGCAGAUCCCGUGAUCGCCGGAGGUCCAGAAGCAGAGACAAGGACAGGGAGAGGGAACGCAAACGGAGCAGGAGCCGGGACAGGGACAGGGACAGGGAGAGGAGGCGCAGCCGUGAGCGCUCUGACAGAAAGCGUCGCUCCCGCAGUCGUGACAGGAGGAGGUCGCGAAGCUCAGAGCGCAAAUCUCACCGCCACCGCAGCCGCAGCAAGGACAGAGACAGGGACAGAGAGCGGUCAUCGAAAGACAAAGACCGUAAGACGACAGAGGAGAGGAGCAGCUCUAAAAAAGACAAGCACUCUGACGGCGAUGCAGCUUCCAUAAAGGCUUCUUCAGAAGCGGAACCGAUGGAGACAGAGGCGGCUGCCUCUGCCUCCUCCCCUCUGCUUAACGGCCAGCAAGAGCUCCUCCAUUCUGAAGGUGACACUCAGUCCAAUUAAAACUGAUCUGAUAGGACCUCAGAUCAGGCUCAGGUAAGUGCGUCCUCCUCCUCACUCCCCCCUGGCUCUCAAACCGACCCUCCCCCCUCCCAUCUCCCCUACCCACCCUCUCACCCUACCUCUCCCACCCUGUUUACGUUCAGUUUAAUGCCUAUGAUUUUGUCUUAUGUACUAUAUGCAUAUAUCUUUAUCCUGUUUUUGAAUAGUGCAUCAUAAGUAUGCACUGAAGAUGAAGGACUAGGCCCGAUGAAUGAGAAGAAGGUAGAAAACAUUCACACAAAGCCAAGAGGGAAAGGCCAGUGUAGCCCUGAGCAAACAUGCCCGGAGGUACCCCUCGUUUUGUAUCGGUUUUUGAUCCUUUAUAGAUGUAUAUUUGUCUUUGUGGACAAAAUGGCAGAAAAAAUAUUAACCUAUCCAAUCAAAUUCUCCUGCCUGUAUUUACCUGUUUUUCUUUAUUUUUGUUUUGUUUCUUUUUUACUUUGAAGUAGGAAAAUGUAAUUUUGAUUUGCUGAGAUAUUACACUCCAUAGAGAGGAAACCGAGCCACUGUGUGUCUACAUGUUUGUAUCACGGGGGUUUUCUCCAGCUGGCAUGUAAACACACAGACAUACUUCCAGCUAUCGUCAAAGGUAUUUGUGGAAAAACAAGCCAUUUAUUUGAAUCAUAACUCAAAUGCCAUGGAUUUGUUGUCCAGCUUACUAUGCCUGAUAAUGCCAUGCAGUGUGUGUUUGGGGGGUGUUAUAGCACCGGGGGGCAUUACGUAACUAACUAACUGGAGGGUAGGGUUUAUCGAAUGAAUUGCAGCUGACUUCCAUACCUCACACAGCGUUGGUGUUGUGAGCGAGACCACAUGAGAAAAGGGCAAAUUAAAAAUCAUGGAUACUCUCUGACUGUCAAACUGUGCAGGUACUCACCCCAGGUACUCCUUUCUCUACCCACAUCCAUUUCUGAAUGCUGUUGCCUGUCAGAAAAAAAAAACAAAUUCUGUACUUCUCCAGAACAUGAACUUUGAAAGUUUUGAUUGUGUGUAUACAUAUAUAUAUAUAUUUUAUUUUUUUCCUAAUAGUUAACUUUCAAAUAUGUUUGGGAAAAAAAAGUAAUUUUAUAGAAAUUUCUGAGGCACAUUUCUUUUAAAUGCUGAGAUGCACAAACUGCCUGUUUGAUAUACCUAUGCCAGCAGCUAAAGUUGUGUCCAUUUCCCUGUAGUGUGUUGUUUAAACCUAAUGUUUGUUUAGGAUAUAAUGACCCAUUUGUUCAGUUGGUAGGAUGCCUCGUUUGCCUUAAUCAGAUCUGCUCUAAGAAAUGUGACUUUUGCGUUGGCGUAAGGAAUAUCAAACAGGUAUUUAUCACUGUUUUUAUAAGAUUAGGGACUAAGGUAGUGUCCGAACCUUGUGGGCUUUUUUUUUUUUUAGAUGGAUCUUAAGCUCAAACAUCUGAUCAAAUUAAAAAAAAUAACCUCACAAAUAUGAACAAAAGGAUCAGGAUUUUCUGGCCAAAACAUACUAUUGUCCUAGUAUACGGAUAGUAUUUGUGCAUUAUUGGCAGUGUCUCUUGUUUCGAUCUACGCUUUCCUCUGUGGCUAAAUUGAGGGACAUAUUUGACCAGUAGUCUUUAUGUAGACGAUGUUGUUGCUAAGGUAGCAGCAGUCAUUGCUACAAGCAUUUGUUGUGGAGCCUUUGCUAACAUUGCAUUCUGUGAACAUUUUUGCUCAACAGGGGAAGCUGGGAUAUCUGGAGGAAGAAGUGGAAGAGCGCACCCAUCCUUAUCCUGAACCUGACACAUCGCUGCUUAAAAACAAGGUGAACCACAAAUGUGUAGUGGCUUAUUUAAAAACAUGAACAUACAUGUGUAAAUGAGGAGAGAAAGGAAAGAAAAAACAAAAAUACAUUGAUUUUCAUGUUCCAUUACCUGUCUAUCUUUUGGCUGGCUGAGGGUAGUUGUGGUUCAUCUGAUGUAUUUCUUGGUCUAGAUGUCAGCCAGGCAUCACUUUAAAUACCAAACUUAGAGGAGAACUUCAUUAUGGGUUUUUGUGUUCUUAUUUUGAAAAUCUUUACACAUCCUCCUUGUUUCUUGGCAUUUAGUGAAAAUGAAAUAAAAACCGUGCUUGUGGUUUGUUUUUGGUUUGUCAGGUUCCACUUCACUUUCCUGACCUUUUUUUAAAAAGUCAGUUGAACGCGUAUGUACAAUGUUAGUCCCAUGACAGGGCGUGUCUCUCUCCUCCUCCACUUAGAGCUCACAUUGAUUGCUCGUGUCCCCUUACUGUAAAAUAUACUGAUUUCGUUUUGAUCAAAAAGAUUUUGAAGACUGAAGAUUUGUUUAAUUUUGCUCUGCUUUUAAUGUCCCCGUUGUCUCAAUGAAUAAAAAGUUAAAACUUG